UAUCAGGUCCGGCCGCCUGAUUAUUGGCUUUUCUAUUUCGAACUCUUUGUGUGAGCAGUGUGUCGACAUACAAACAGGAGAGUGGCGAACGUUCGUAGCUACCGUUCUUGCACAGUAGUAUGCUGCAGUGGUGAAUCCCCAGUUUAAUAAGGCCUACCUAACAUAUCAGAGCAUCAACCAUCAGUGAAUAUUUACAGGAGUAUCAGUGCUUUAGUAUCGGCAUUUGCUUUUGCACCAUGUUAUCGGAACCCGGCGGCGUGGAUUCGGAAACCUCCAAAAAUGAGGACUCCGUUGAUGAGGACGUUCCGCCACCACCAUCGAGCGAAUCCUCAGCACCAGAUGGAGGUUACGGUUGGGUGGUCUGCAUCAGCGGGUUCUUCUGCUGGUUUAUCGGGGAUGGUAUAGCAUUCAGUUACGGAGUUCUGUAUGUUUCCUUGCUUGAACAGUUCAACGAAGGGCCGUCGACGACCUCGUGGGUUGGGGCGGCAUUCAUUGGUGGACACAAUUUGAUGGGCCCAGUUGCCGGAGUAUCUGUGAAGCAGCUUGGUUGCCGGGCAACUGUCUUUCUCGGCUCCAUCAUCGCUGCCUCUGGUUUCGUUCUUGGAACAUUUUCCCGGAAUAUUGCAAUGUUGGCGCUCACAUACGGAGCGAUGGGAGGUUCCGGACUCAAUUUCCUCCUGGUCGCCUCCGUUGAUAUGGUUGCGAAAUAUUUCAACAGGCACCGCGCCCUAGCCAACGGGAUCGUGACGUGCGGCGCGGGGGCCGGGGGUUUCAUCGUACCUCUACUCCUGAAAUUUCUCAUAGACAAAUACAGAUGGGACGGGUCGCUGUUGAUUCUUGCUGGAAUCUCGCUGAAUGGCUGUGUCCUUGGUGCUUUGUUUCGCCAUUUGGAGACACGAGGGGAGGUCAUUGUCGCAGUGAGUAAACCAGAGUCGUCCGAAGAGCCUGUAGCCGACGCGGCUGCUGGUUCAGAGACGAAGUUCCAUAUCACAGACGCAACGGAGAGCAAUGGCGGAAGUGUCUCAUCAAGUUAUGAGGCCGGGGUCAACCGGCUGCAUCCCCGUGGUUACGGACAAUCUCUCGAAGCAGAAUACUCGUCUGCUGUGUUUAUAGGAUCUAUGGCUUCCAUUUCCGGUAUAGAAAUAAAGAAGACAACGCACGUAAAUUAUAGGAGGAGAAGCCUGGCAGUUGUGACGUCACACUUGAAAUCGUGCCAAGAACUUUUCGGGUUGAAUCUGAUCUACGUUCACCCCAUGUUCAUCCUGAUCAUUAUAUCGUGUACAUUCUGGACAGCUCAAACAACCAUGUUCAUCUACCUGGUCGACUACGCCCUUUCACGCGACAUCGACAAGACACAUGGGACGAUCUUGCUGUCCAUAAUCGGAAUCUUGAACACGAUUGGUCGAAUUCUGAUUGGCUUGCUCACGGAUCACCCGAAGGUCGACUGCUACGUUGUUUACGGUUUGUCCCUAGUGAUCGCAGGUGUUGUCAACAUGGCCGUGCCCUUCUGUACGAACUUUGCUGUCCUGGCCGUCUGCUCUGCAGUGUUUGGUCUGUGUGUAGCCUGCUUCGUCUCCUUGCGUGCUAUCAUCAUCGUCGAUUUUCUUGGCAUGGACCAAAUGGUCCGUGGGUUUGGAGUGGUGCUGUUCUGUCAAGGAAUCGGCUUUCUUAUCGGGCCGCCAAUUGCGGCCGCGAUCUACGAAGCCAGCGGUACAUACGUGACUACAUUCCUGACCGCGGGCGUGUUUCUCAUCCUUGGCGCACUCGCCAUCAUUCCUGUUCGUCUGCUCAAACGGAAGUCGUCAUCGGUCACGUGACCAGGAGAUAAAUCCAAACACUAGCCUGGUACCACUGGCCACCGUCAGACGACGCUGUUGUGUUUGACCUAUUUUGACUUUUGUAUUGACGAAACACAACAGCGUCGUCUGACGGUGGCCAGUGGUACCAGGCUAUGGAUUGUGAUUGGUUCAUUGAUAAUUGCGCUUUGGUGGAAACGAAUUUGAUUCCUCUGGUAGGACGAAUUUAACGAGUCCUUGGUUGACCUUUGCCCUCUUCAAUUUGAGCCGAGCGUGCCGAGAAAACAGGAAAAUCGAUGGAAUCCGUCAUGGGUUUGGUGACGCAAACGACUGAGAGUCGGGAUGCAUCGGUCACUGAAAUGUUGUCUUUCAAUAUUUAUAAUGUUGAGGAA